UUUUUCUGUCCGGGUCGGUCGUUAUACGCCUCAAGUUUCCCAGCCUCUGCAAUAAAGCUACCGUGUCCAAGAAAGUCUACAUGUAGGCCUACAGGUCAGAUGGUAAACCUGCGGAGAAAAGUUAGUACUUUGUACCUGCGCGAGGCCUACACAGUUAUGAGUGAUACCUGAUAUUACAGCUACGUUCAACUACAAAAUACUCAUUCCCUAAAGACAGAUCAGGACAAAACUACCCUUUUCCAGACUUUGAUAACCUGACCUUCUCACAGCUGAGGAAAUUUUAACAUGACCCUGCCCUUAGAUGUACAGGAACUGAUAUAAUUAAUAUGACUAAAGUCGUUGCUAAGCCAGCUUGUGCACGGACUAGAGCACUGCGUCUGCUAGCCGAGAAACAUUCCAACAGUGAAUUAGUCACACCAUGUCGGCUGCUGCUGGUUUUGAUCGUUUCUUCCAUCAUGAUUGCAGGCAUAUCAUUCAGUGUUGUCCCAGAGGACUUUAAGGAAGGGUCAUGGAAUGAAGUGAUAAACUUAUCUCAAUAUUCAUACACAUUUAACCAUGAGAUGGCCAUGAAGGAGCGAGAGUAUAACUUGGAGUACUACGAAAGACCACAGCACAACUGGAAGGUGGAGCGAAGGUCUGGCCUCUCUGUCGAUGAAUUCUUUGACACCUACGAUGCUAAAUGGCCAGUUAUACUGACAGAUGUAGUAACCAAGUGGCCAGCCAUGAACUGGACUAAAGAAGUUUUCAUCAAGAAAUACGGCAAGGAGCGUGUAGUGAUGAAAGCUGUGGUUGGAGGACUGCAGCAUGCAACUGGACAUGCUCUGCCCUUAGAGGUAUUCAUUGACCACCUAAAUGAAGCCAGUUUCGACACCUGGACAUAUCUAGAAGAUGAGCUAUUUAUUGUUAUGCGUCCGGAGCUGAAAAAGGAUAUCGGCCAAAAUGAAUACACAGAGGAAAAUUUCUUUAACUUGUUUCCGGAGGUGAUACGUCCCUGGGAUUGUAUGAUGCUGUGGGGAACAGCUAAUUCUCGCUCUACUUUGCACAUGGACCCCUAUAAUUGGACUGGUAUAAGUGCAGUUCUCCAGGGACACAAAAAGUGGAAGCUGGUGCCUCCCGGACAGGACCACCUGUUGUAUGUAGACCCUGGUGUCCGCUGCGGCUUCCCUCUCGAAUGUCGCAAAUAUAAUAGUCCAAUUGAUGCUUUUGAUGUGGAUACGAAAAAAUACCCACGAUUUAAACGUCUGCGGUUCCUCGAGGUGGAUCUUUAUCCUGGGGAAAUGCUUGUUAUACCUACAGGGUGGUAUCACCAAGCCUUUAAUGUUGAGCAGACACUGGCGUUAUCACUACAAAUGAUGAACAGGAACAACUACUUAGUCGUACUGGAGGAAAUUAUCAAGGGAGGAAGUUUAAAGCGGAAGAAGUUGCCCGCUUACUUCAGUACACUUCUCCCCCCUGACCAGGUAAAAAUGUUCAUGUCACUCCUCCCCAAAAAGGUGCUACGCCACGGUGAAGAAGUCACAAAGGAAGUAUUGGAUCAGAUCAAGAAAACUAAAGAUAAGCAGGAACGAGUGAAAUCAGGACUUGAAAACAGUGAAGAAAAUAUGUCUAUUUAUGUAUAGUGUUUAAUCAGGACUUGAAAACAGUGAGGAAAAUAUCUGUAUACGGUAUGUAUAGAGUUGAAUCAGGAUUUGAAAACAGCGAGGAAAAUAUAUCUAUAUAUAUGUAAAGAGUUGAAUCAGUACUUGAAAGCAGGGAGAGAAAUAUGUCUAUAUAUGUAAAGAGUUGAAUCGGGAUUGAGAACAGCAAGGAAAACAUCUCUGUAUGGGUAUAAAGGUUGGUCAGGGCUAGAGAACUGUCUGAAUAUGUAACCAUACAUGUACGAAGCUAGGUCUGAGCUGGAAAUUGUGUCCGUACCUGUAAGAAUUUACAACUGAAAUAUCUAACAAUUUAAGUUUGUCUGGCUAUGAACAUUCCUUUCAUACCUUAAUGUUUGUCACUUCUAACCAGCUACCUUUAUGCUGAGAGCUAAAGCAAAAACCCUUUCCAUUGCAGUGCAGAAGGUUGGCCCAAUAUCAGGCAAUUUAACUUUAAUUCCAAAUCUUUCUUUUUUUGAUUCACAUGGACUGAAUAAAUACUGUGUCAGACCAGAAAUUUUAAUUGGAGGGACUGAUUUUAUGUUGGGUAAGACAAGUUUGUAUGUUUCCUGGACCAUGUAUGUAGUUCCUCAGUAACGUUGGUUGUACACUAGACCGAGUUUCCUCUGGCCCUGACACCAUGUCUGGCCUACACCAGACACGGUGUCAGGACCAGAGGAAACUCAGGCUAUAGUUGUACACCAUACAGCAGCCUAUAUAAUGUUGGCUGAGAUGAGUACCUUAUACAUACCAUAUCAGGACCUUGCCUUGAUCACUUAGUCCUUACAUGUAUGUUGCUAGGAUCAGUAUCUAGGACAGGCCCUGUCCUUUAGGACUUACUCCCUGGUAAAUGGCACAGAAACUAUUGAUAUUCCUACAAUCUAAUCAUACAUGUACAUAGUAAUGCCAUGCAUAGCAGGAACAAUUCACUCCUUAUGUCUGACCCUGUCUUUGAGUUACAGACUUAUAAUGUGGAAACAGUCAAGAUAUCCCCAUCCCAAAUUUAUGCAAUUGCUGGGCUUUUCAAAUAGACAAAAUCAUGCUAUUUUAGAAUUGCCCUCGCCAUGUCCUAUAGUGGGAUAUACAGUGUAUCAUGUUUGACAUAGCAUUGGUUUGUUUGGAUUGUAGGUUUUGGGCAAACUAAAACAUCUGACUGAUCGUUAUGACUUUUAAUGUACAAGUGUCCAUUCCAUGAGUUUUGUUUGUUUGAUCUCAGAGCAGGUCUCAUAGUCUAUAUUGUUGUUUGUUUAUAGAUGUACAUUUGAAAUCCAUAGAUAUUAUGUAUUCUGUGAUAUCAAUUGUUUUGAAAAUUUCUUUGAGCAGUGUUUUGUGUUGAUUUGCAAUUAACCACAUAAUUUAGCCCACAAUGCAUCAUCAGAUGCAUGCUGGGAUGUUCAAACUGCCUUAUGUCUGCGGUCUGCCAGUAAACAGUCCCAUUAAAUAUGUUUAUAAAAUUCAUGUGUAGGCACUUGAUGUGACUGUUCAAAGUUGAGACUGAUCUGAAAAAACAUUUAAUGUGACAGUUGAAAUUUGUUAAUUGCAAUUUCUCUUUGCCUCUUUUUCGAUUUUGCUACUGAUCUGAAGAUAAAACUAGUCAUAUGUUGUAAAUACCACAUUCCAUUGGACAGAUAAUUAUUUAGAGAAAGGUACAGAAAAGUUAAAACCUAAUAGAACCAAAUAUAUAUAUAAUACAAACAGUAUAGGGGCACCAAGCUCCCUCCGGGAUGUCCCCUCCGGAAUGGCCCCUCCAGAAUGUCCCUUCCCCCCCCCCCCCCGGAUGGCCCCUCCAGAAUGGCCCCUCCGGGAUGUCUCAUUAUCUAGGUUCAGGUUUGCUGUCCGUCCAUUGUAUACCUGGUCAGUAUGACCUAGAAUGUCUCGCAAUGUAUUGUUAAUGUUAAAACACAUCAUGUUUCCUUGUUGAUAUGGUUUAGAUUACUUUUACAUUUCAAAUUGUUAUUUUUUGUCUUUUUUUUUUAUAUAACAAGUUUAAGUUUUACUGUUUGCACCAUUUGGGGUAUGUAGAUCGGGACGAUGUAUGUAGGUCAUGGUCCAAGAAAUUAAUUAUGUACAAUGUUAUACAUGAUAAAAUAUAUGAUGCAGUUUUGUUUUACAACUGAAUUUGCCUAGAAACCAAAUGUCAGAAUAAGUUAGUGUUGACUUUAGCCAUGAUUGAUCAUGUAUGAUAAUGAGGCAGAUCCCGAAAGUGGAAAAAUAAUUUGUGAUCUAAGUUAAUAUAUCCAGGUGAGUGAUGCAGGGCCCUUUGGGCCUCUUGUUGAUUUUUUAACUGUUCUUCAUGAUGAAAAAACUAGUCUGAAUAUCGGUUACUGUGUGUUGCUGGACCAAUUUGUUGAUGAGCUAGCCGAUUAAAACUUGUUAAUGUACUAAAACACACUAGUUUAUUAACACUAAAAUGACUCCAUGAUUGCUUUAUACUAUAGGCAUAAUCAAUAUUGAUGUUUACUGAUGAGACAUUACUAGUUAUAAUUUAGAUAUUCACGUGUGCAAUAAUGUUAAUUAUUUUAAGUCAGCUCCUUUUUGUAUAGGUUCAGUUGUCUAUUGAUGUUUUUUGCUUUUUUAUUUUUUGGUACAGCAUUUUAGUGUUUCCUUGAUGCAGUUUUUUAUCACUUUUUUUUGUUUUUUGAAUCAUUUACAUCGAAUGUACAAAUAGUUAUUAUUUUUCAUAUAAUUUACAUGCAAUAUCAACUUAAUGACUUUUUGGGAUGAGAUUCAUCAGAUUGCUAAAUAUUAUGUUAUUUGAAAAGGUGUUAAUAAAAUAUUACCUGGUAACUAAUUGGGAGAAAAGCAAAUCUUGAUAACCUGACAGCUGACUGCAUACACUCUCAAUCCAGUGGAAUGUUGGUCAAGGUUUAGUCAUUUAGGCUCUUUGCUGGACAAAUUCUGUUUCAACAGAUCAAAGUUUUGGAAAACUGUGAGCACAGUUUUCCAAUUUCUGUUUAUGAUAGAAAUAAACCUCUUUUCAAAUAAUGUAAUAUUGCUGUUCAUAUCUAACCAAUGAAAGACCACAGCAUGUUUUAACUGAAAUCUAGUCAAGUAUGGGAAAGUAUAUACAAGUCAUUAACAUGAAUAUGUAUAGCUACAGUAUGUAGGUUACUUAUUAAUUGGCUACAUAGUGCCAAUAAAGACAAUGGCAGCAUUUGUGUUGAUGUUACUACGCAAAGCUUUAUUUGUCAUUUAAAAGUUUCAUAAAUUGCAAAAAAGAGAAAAUACGAGCUAUGAAGUCAAUACCACCAGUAGCAACUCCUGGUAAUCUCUCUAGGCCCUCUUUAUUGAUUGAAGUACAUUAUUAACAUUCAUAAAACUUAAAAAUAUUAUCUUUGGAUCCGUUUAUAAUAUCUAAUAAUGAUAAUAUUGAUAUGUAAUGAAUACUCCUAUGUUACCAGAGAGAUACAGUGAGGUUAUAUGGGUAAUGUAUUAAUAUUCUAUGGAUCAGACAAGUUUUCCAACAAUUGUAGAUGUUUUUGUCAUCCUUGAAGAAUAUUUCCCUUAAUUUGAAUUUCCAGGACAAAUGAGCAUGUUCAUACCGGUUAUAAAUCGAGUAAAUCUACCAGAAAUAUAUUACUAUAUUUUUACAUCGUUUUGUAUUGUUUCAUAUGAUAAUAAACUAUUUCAAUGUA